UAUACCUACCGCGCCUCAUGUUACACCAUGUUCUUCCUUGUUGGGAAACUUGUAGAAAAUUUGUAGAUUAUUUUCAAAAACAGUAAAAUGAAAGUUCAUACGAUACCCUUUGUCACUUGAUCUAAAUGCUUUAUUCGCACCACAAACGAGAUAUAUGAUACGACAUAUACCUCGUCUGUGCUCGUGCUGCACAUGCACUUUACUGACGCCAUUUUCAAAGUGCAUGCGUGAAAAAAGCGGUUUAUACGUAUGUAUUAGGCAAAUAUUAAUUAUCCUUUCGGUGACCUUAAUCACGUCGUAGAUUACAUAGUUUGUGAAUCGAAACCAAUUAUAAAAAUAUGGACGUAAUUCGACUCUCAGGUGACUUAUUGCAUCUGUUAGCAAUAUUCAUUCUUCUUUUCAAAAUAUGGGAAGCUCAAAGCUGUGCUGGUAUUAGUGGCAAAUCCGAAAUUCUGCUUGCGAUUGUAUUUACAACACGUUACCUGGAUUUGGCGACAACAUACAUUUCAGCAUACAACACAUUUAUGAAAGCCCUUUUUAUUAUAACAACUUAUUUUACAGUCUAUUUAAUGUACGUGAAAUGUAAGGCAACGUAUGACCACAAGUAUGAUACGUUUAGAAGCGAGAUUUUAAUUAUGACUGCACUAAUACUGGCAUUAUUCAUAAAUCAUGAAUUCACGAUUAUGGAAGUUGCAUGGACUUUCAGUAUUUAUCUGGAAUCUGUAGCAAUAUUACCACAGUUGUUUUUGAUGUCGAAAACAGGAAAAGCAGAAAGCAUUACCUCUCAUUAUCUUCUUGCCCUGGGAUCUUAUAGAGCGCUCUAUUUAAUACACUGGGUUUAUCGGUACUAUACAGAAGGUUGGUAUGAUUUAAUUGUUGUGGUUGCUGGUUCUGUACAAACAGUUCUUUUUUGUGGCUUUUUCUGCCUCCCGGUGUAUUCAAAGUCCAUCUAUGCGCCCAAUGACAAAAAGUACGUUUAUACACUUCAAGUGUAUAAUAUAUAAUAGCAUUAAUGCUAGAGUAAAAUCAAUAUAUCUUUGUUAUUAGUUAAUCAAAAUCUUACAUGCAUUAUUUGAUUUCAACAAAUUUCUCCCAUAAGCAAUGAGGGUACAGAUACUUAUGGGAUUAACUGUAUAAAUAUAUAUGAAUGUUAUAACUUCAAUGUUGCAUUCGCCUUGUACAAUUAUAAUACGCGGUUUGUAAAUAAUCAUGGUUUCACUGAAAACAGCGACGAUAUAAUAAGCGUAUUUAUUGCGAAUUGUGAUGUACUAGUAAUAUAAUUACCGUCUUUGUAAACAUUCGCAUACGAAAACGAAUGUCAUAAGUUGUACGCGACACUUAAUAUGCUAAAAUGUGCGCGUGUCAAAAGCGAAUGCACCUAUUAUAAUAAUGGAUCUUGAUGUAUGAACACGAUAUCAAUUUCUUCCGCUGGAAUCAGCUGCUAGCAACAAAUUCUUAAAUCUUU